AUGGUGUUUCUCAACUUGCUGACAUUUGGCCUCUGGGGAAAGCUUGGACGACUCACUCAUUAUGCCGUGGAUGCGGUUCUCAUCUCGACUAUCCUCGCGGGCAUGAGGCGCUCGACCGGCCUAACUUUCAACACCGAGCGCGUGACUGUCGGCGAGACUAAGGAGGCCAAUAAGUGGAUAGAAAAGUACCUGGGCGUCGGCGAAUGGGUCAUGGAUCAGUCCGUCGCGAUAGCCGGGUCCAGCGGCUGGUUCCAGCGGACCCGAUGA